AUGACGCCACGACGCAAGCCGUAUUCCAGCAGCAAUGAGCCGAGGACAACAUACAGAGUACAGUCCCAGAUUGCAAGAGUCGGAGUGGAGUUGUCAAGGUUGAAGGUUGUGGAACGAAUGACGAUACUAGCGAUUGUUGGCGGGCAAUCCAUGGCAGCCAUUUGCAGCUUGCGGAGACACAUUUCUGUCGUCUACCCAUCUUGCCGUUAUGAGAUUCACGAAUGCGCACUGAGAGAUAUACGCAUCUCGCCGCAUCUGAGGCGGCUGGCAUGUAUCGCCACUGGACACAAUGAAGAGAAAAGACUACACAUCUUUGGCCUGUGCUCGGGGGAACAGCCUUGUCGCUCUUGCGCCGAUCGAAGCCGAACAUGCGAGUACACCUUCACCCAACAGCGAGGCCCAAAACGAAGGCAUGGCGACGAAAGCAGCGACGACAAGAACUCCCUGAAGCGCAUCUACCACGGACAGUCAGCAUCUGGCGACGAGACCUUAUCGCUUGCUGAAAAGGUGGCUACACUCGAGCGAAUGGUCAUCCAGCUGAUGCCAAACAAUGAUCUCUCGGAAUCCUCACCAGUUGUCCACGGCGACCAAGAAGCCUCCGAUAUCUUUCAACCACCGGUUGUGCCAGAGAGGAACCUCGCGCUGUCAUCACAGUUAGCUCUGCUGUCCAAUACUCCAGCCAAUUCGUCAGUCAAACCACAAGGCCGAGUUGCCAUACAUUUGCCGGACCCAGUGACACUGUGGUCCCUGAUGAAGCAGUCCUUCGAAUGCACCGCUAUAUGCUACUCCCUCCUCGAUCCAAGUGAAAUGGAAGAAUCCAUCCGUAAAAGUCUACUCGAACUCGGCUACAGCCACACAAGUCGGGAAGUCAUGGUUGAUGCGUCUCACCUACCACUUAUGGCUGUCUUGAUGCACACGCUUGCCAUUGGUCAAGCACAGGAAGUCGACGCUGGUAACAACGACAGACCCGGAUGGUCUUUCUACUCUCAAGGUUGCCUCCUGGCUCACCGACUUGCGUACUCAGGCGUGCUUGGGCUACCGUUGGUUCAAAUCCACAUUUUGAGUGCCAUUUACCUCAUUCUUGUAGAGCUCUUGCGAUCAAGUUCACUGGCAAUCGUCUCUGCGUAUCAAUUUGCUACAAUGAUGAAGCUGAACCAUCAAAGCGAAUGGCCAUCUCAGUUGUCGAGCAAAGAACGGGUCGAACGCAAGCGACUUUGGUGGAUCUUGUUCUAUCUGGACCGCCGAGUGGCUCAAAAGUGUGGACUUCCUUAUCAUAUCCGAGACGUCGACAUUGCCGUUGAGGAUUUCGCGACGUCUACGCAAAAUAGCGGUAAUAAAGGCUCCGAGGCAAUCUCUCUCGGGCACGCAUCGGAUGCCUGGCUCCAAGCUCUCAUCAGCUUAGGUCGCUUGUUUGGCUUGGUCUGGGAUAGUUUCUUCGCUGCCAGCGCCAAGAAGCUCGACGACUGUGAGGUUGAAGUCAUGGACACUCGAGCUGUGAGUUUAUUGAAGCGGCUGCCGUCGGAGCUUCAAUGGCACUUGGGUACUCUUGAGACUGCACACGCCAACGGUCUGUCGGACAAUGUGAAUCUCUUACGAGCGUUGAUCAGGCACAGCCCUUUGCAUCCUUCAACGAUGGCGACAGUUGAGUCGACACGUCUAAGCUCCCAGCUUGCGGUUGAAGUCAUGCACGCCCAUCUAGCAUUCGUAUUGGCCUUCCCUUUCACUCGAAUGCUCGGCUAUUUCAGCAUUGUCGCCCUCGUUGAGUGCAUGUACCACAUCAUUCCGGCUUUGGAUGAACCUAGCUGCGAAGACCUGCAUUCUUCACUCGAAGCUUCACUGCAGACAGCAUACGACAUCGUGCAGCGGGUCGCGAAGAGGCACCACGUCGCCCGUCAUGCCCUUUCCGCGCUCGAGAGGGUAGGUGUUUUGUCAAAGAUCGACCGCGACAGGGCGUCGCCGCUUGAAGAGAGUAAGGCCUGUGGGCUGAAGCCUCAGCAAGGAAACUCAACUCAUGGUGGACCUGCUCCGACCAAUGGUGCGGCUUUUGAUGAGCUUUCGAGCGCGGCACCUGACUGCUCUUCCCUGUUCGCGGACAUCCCAUAUCUUGCCCUAUCAGCUACCGAAAUGAAUCGGACUGUUGACACGACUUGGCCCAAUUCGGACGAUGACUGGCAAGCGUGGUUCGCUACUCAUUCGAUUCCAUAG